CGGGGUUUUCAAUCACAAUUUCAGUCGCACUUUUGAAGAGCUACAGCAAUAUACUACAAGGAAAACUACCGAGGACAUAAAUAGAGAAAAAGUUGGAUAUUAAAUAAAAUAAUAUCAUACACUUGAGAAAAUAACAGAAAAUAACAGCAGUGUUCAAUAUCAGACUACGUGAAAGAAAAAAAGUCAACGUAAACAAGAGCUCAAGCCAGGAUGUCUUUGACGGUCAAGGCGUUUCUGAAGAAAGAAGGCAAGUGGGACGGGGAGAUCCGACGGUUUCAGAUUCCCGCCGACGUGUCGUCCAGCUUCGACUACUUGGCGAGGAAACUGUGUGAGAUCUUCCCCUCACUCAGGCCCGGCAACUUCUCCCUCUACUGGAAAGAUGACGACGGGGACCACGUGUCUUUUUCUACGGACGAGGAGCUGCUGGAGGCCCUGGGGUUUGUCUCCGAUUCCUUAUUCAAGGUCUACAUCGACAGCAAAGACAGACCGACAAGCGGACAAGAUAAUGAUGCGCCGGUCCACCGGGGCGUGGUAUGUGACGGCUGUCAGAUUGGACCAAUUGUGGGACCGCGCUACAAGUGUAUGGUCUGUCCCGAUUACGACCUAUGUCGGGGCUGCGAGGGGGCCGGACUGCACGUUGAGCACGAUAUGAUCAAGAUCACCCAGCCCGCGUCCUUCCCCGGUUUCCCGGGAUUCCCGUGCGGGAGACCCAUGGGACCGAUGGGGCCAGGACCCAACGGAGGAUUUGCGCCACCCCCGCACCUCCGCCGCUGGAUGCAGCGAUUCAUGAAGAGGUGGCAUAACCGUCACGCUCCCGGCUUCGAGGGAGGGGCCUCAGACCAGGAUGGAAAAGCCGAUGAGAAGAUGGAGGAUACACCUGAAGGGCAGCAACAGGACUCCGGGGAAUCAAGCGGCGAUGAGUUCCUCCGGAAUAUUGGAGAAUCCGUUGCUAAGAUGCUAGAUCCGUUUGGCAUUGAUGUUGAUAUCGAGGUGGAAAAAAAUGAGCAACAGGGCGAAAAAGAAACAGAUGACGGGGAGGGUGGGUCCCCAUGCCGCGGAAAGAAAGGGAAACGUUGUGGGGGCGGACGAGGAGGUGGUCGUGGGGGAUGCGGUAGGCGUGGACCUCCCUAUGGUGGCCCAGGACCAUGGGGUAUGUGGGGAUGGGGUACCAUGCCCGGCGGGCCCGGUGGCUGUCCGUUUGGGCCCGGAGGCCCAGAAAUGAGGCCCGGUUGUGGCAAACAUCGCCAUGGAAAUAAGGGGCAAGAUAAGCCGGCGGAAGCUACGACCAACCAGGCCGCAUCUAAUGAUUCCCAGGUUCCACUGGCCUCAGAGAAACCAGUGAACCUCAUGGAUUUCGUGGUUGACAGUGAGAAGACUGCUCCACCUCAGAGGCCAAAGUCCCCCGUUCGCAUGGACGUCGAGAACGGCAAAAACCAACCGGACGACCAGACCUGGACCAUUCUAAACCCAGAGAACGGACAGCCUAAGCCUCAGACGGAGCAGUCCGCACAGACCGGAAGUCAGUCGGGUCCCUCAGGUCUACCCACUGGUUCACAAGGACCCAUCUACCCACCGUCAGAUCCAAAAAUCGUGGACGCCCUGACACAGAUGACAAAUAUGGGGUUCAGCGAUGAGGGUGGCUGGCUGACGCGCCUCCUCGAGGCCAAGAACGGGGACAUCAUCCAAGUGCUUGACGCCGUUAGGCCCCAGCAACGUCCGCGCUAGGCGCCGGACACAUGGCCUACUGCGCAUGUGACAAAUAUAAAAUACCACGCUGUGCAGACAACAACAGCAGACCAUUAGUUUUUCUUGUUAAUGAAAUGACAUUAUAUUGAAGUGUAUCAAAUCUUUGCGUUUUGAUUAUUUUUCAGAGUUGUUUUAAAUGUUUAAUAUAAUUACAAAAUGAGUUGUAUUUGCAUAAAACCUUUAUCCUCAUGCAUUUUACAACAUGUAAUUGUUUUGGAAAUAAUAUUAUCUUAAUUGGAUGAAAUAUAAUGUACAUGUUUUUAAAAUAUUUAAAAAGGUGUAUUGUCUAAAAACGAAUUUGUAUAAACCUCCUGAAAGCAGAAAUUAUUGUUUUCAAAUGCAAAAAUGUGUUCCUCUUUGUCGGACCAUAAACUUAAUUAGUUCAUGCGCACACACAUAUUAAAUAGAUGUUAAUUUUUUUUGUCAUGUUUUAUUUCUAAUUUCUAUUGUUGAUGUUCCUGGAAAUGUUGUUGUUAAAGUGUCUGCUGUUGUCUAAUAGUUUAAAAUAUUUCGCACGUAAUUGUCAAAAUAAAACGUCCAAAAAAGUAA